UCAGUCCGCGCGGGGAACGCAGCCCGGCGCCCCUCCACGGCGCCCAUGACCAGCGACCUCCUGCGGUGCUGACUCCCCAGGGUGCGACGUCCGGCCGCGAUGAACGCCAGCGCCGCCUCUCUCAACGAGUCCCAGGUGGUGGCGGCGGCGGCCGAGGGAGCGGCGGCGGCGGCGGCCACGGCAGCGGGGACGCCCGACACCCGCGAAUGGGGGCCCCCGGCGGCGGCAGCGGCGCUGGGAGGCGGCGGCGCGCUGGUGGUGGCCCUCAUCGCGUCCACGCCGGCGCUGCGCACGCCCAUGUUCGUGCUGGUGGGCAGCCUGGCCACCGCUGACCUACUGGCGGGCUGCGGCCUCAUCCUGCACUUCGUAUUCCAGUACGUGGUGCCCUCGGAGACCGUGAGCCUGCUCACCGUGGGCUUCCUCGUGGCCUCCUUCGCCGCCUCGGUCAGCAGCCUGCUGGCCAUCACGGUGGACCGCUACCUGUCCCUCUACAACGCGCUCACCUACUACUCGCGCCGGACCCUGCUGGGCGUGCACCUGCUGCUGGCCGCCACCUGGACCGUGUCCCUCGGCCUCGGGCUGCUGCCGGUGCUCGGCUGGAACUGCCUGGCCGAGCGCGCCGCCUGCAGCGUGGUGCGCCCGCUGGCGCGCAGCCACGUGGCGCUGCUCUCCGCCGCCUUCUUCGCGGUCUUCGCGGUCAUGCUGCACCUAUACGUGCGCAUCUGCCAGGUGGUCUGGCGCCACGCGCACCAGAUCGCGCUGCAGCAGCACUGCCUGGCGCCGCCCCACCUCGCCGCCACCAGGAAGGGCGUGGGCACGCUGGCCGUGGUGCUGGGCACCUUCGGAGCCAGCUGGCUGCCCUUCGCCAUCUACUGCGUGGUGGGCAGCCACGAGGACCCGGCUGUCUACACCUACGCCACGCUGCUGCCCGCCACCUACAACUCCAUGAUCAACCCCAUCAUCUACGCCUUCCGCAACCAGGAGAUCCAGCGCGCCCUGUGGCUGCUGUUCUGCGGCUGUUUCCCGUCCAAAGUGCCCUUCCGCUCCAGGUCGCCCAGUGAGGUCUGAAGGGCUCCUCCGUGUCCUCUCGCCAGCGCCACACGCCCAGCACGCCAGUCCCCGGCGAGCUUCUAGGUGCCCGCCGUGGCACUCUGAGACCCCAGAGGUGUGGACCUGACUUUGGAAGACGGAGGAAAUGAACAUAAACGCAACAAGCUUGCAAGGACAAAGAGGCUGGUUGGCACUUUAUAUAUACAGUGUAUACAUGUGUACAUAUAUAUACAAAUAUUUGUAUCUUCUGGAGGUGUGCAGAAUGUGGCGCUUCCUGUUCUGUGAAAAACAACGACAACAAAAAGAUGUGGUUGUAAACUCCGAUUGUACAUCACAUGUGUCAAGUGAAGACAUUUCAGUACUGCUUAAUUAUAGCACUUUAUUUUUAGCUGCUGAAUUGCCAAAACAGUGUUGCCAUUUUCCAGGGCAGGGGAAAGGGAGAGAAAAGGUGUAUUUUUGUUGUAUGUGAUAGAAUAUUUUGCUGCACAUGCAUCAACAAAUUACAACAUAUUUUGUACACAAAUAAACUCAUUAUAAAAUGUC